GACGAGGAGCUCCGCCGCUGGUGGGACCGACAUCGUGCCAAACGACGUCGACGGGGUUGCCGCUGUCAACCAUGAGCCGCCGGCCUUCUUUCAGCGAGUGCCUGCGCGACUGGGAGGAGCUGCAGGUCGGCUUCCAGCGCGUGCAGGAAACCCACCGGUUGUACAAGCAGAAGUUGGAAGAGCUGACUAAGCUCCAGGAUGGGAUCUCCAGCUCCAUCACCCGGCAGAAGAAACAGCUGAAAGAGCUAUCGCUGGCCCUGAAGCAGUAAGAACAUAAGAACAUAAGUGAAGCCAGUGAAGAGACUGUCCAGGAGAUCCAGGAUAUGAUCAAAGAGUGGCAGAAUGUCUUCUUUGAAAUGGAGGCUUAUUUGCCCAAGAAAAACGGGUUGUACCUGAACCUCGUGCUGGGGAAUGUGAACGUCACUCUGCUCAGCAAGCACGCUAAGUUUGCCUACAAGGACGAGUAUGAGAAGUUCAAGCUGUACCUCACCAUCAUCCUCAUCAUUAUCUCCUUCACUUGCCGGUUCCUCCUCAACUCCAGGGUGACCGACGCCGUCUUCAAUUUCCUCCUGGUGUGGUACUACUGCACGCUCACCAUCCGGGAGAGCAUCCUGAUCAACAACGGCUCCAAGAUCAAGGGCUGGUGGGUCUUCCAUCAUUACAUUUCCACCUUCCUCUCUGGCGUCAUGUUGACAUGGCCAGAUGGACUCAUGUACCAGAUGUUCCGGAACCAGUUCCUUUCCUUUUCCAUGUAUCAGAGCUUUGUGCAGUUCCUGCAGUAUUACUACCAGAGCGGCUGCCUCUAUCGGCUCCGAGCCCUGGGGGAACGGCACAACAUGGACCUCACCGUGGAGGGCUUCCAGUCCUGGAUGUGGAGGGGCCUCACCUUCCUGCUCCCGUUCCUCUUCUUCGGCCAAUUCUGGCAGCUCUACAACGCCGUCACCCUCUUCCGACUGGCCAGGCAUCCCCAGUGCAAAGAGUGGCAGGUGCUGAUGUGUGGCCUCCCUUUCUUCGUCCUCUUCGCCGGCAACUUCUUCACUACCCUGCGAGUCGUCCACCAGAAGUUCCAAGAGAAGACCAAGGAUUCCAAGAAGCAGUGAGCCCCCCUGGGGGGGGGCUCCCGAGCACCUGUCCUCACCGGCCCUGGACAUUUCCGUCUUCCACCUGCCUUCCGUCAUUCUCGGCCCCGAUCUGGGGAGCCAGCGCUCCCAAACUGUUUGUUUUUUGGGGGGGGGCUGAGCGUCUUUCCCCACACUCCCCCACCCCCUUCCUCCCAGGAACUGGUGCAAACGAAGCUGAAUGUGAACAGCACUGUCCAAUCUGGCAUGAGACUCCUCCUCGGAUGGUGGGGAUUCCAGGACAAUGACCCACGGGCCAGAGACCAGCGGUGACCUUAGUCUGUGACGCUUGAAUGUCAUUCUCAAUCUGCUUCCCUCCUUCCCCCGACACUGCCCACCUGCGGACCACCAAUGCCCGAAGCACCCGCCUCCCAGGUGGGGGCAUGUUCAGCCUCAACCAUCUUUAGAGUGCGUCGGAACCUGGUUUCCGGGGCGAAGGAGUGCCUUGGGAACCGUGUCUCCUCUGUACGGUGCAACCUCUCCUGUCUUGGCGUUUGCGCUGAAGCCCCGCAGCUACUCUCAGGCUCGUGAGAGGUCUUUUCCUUUACGGAUUUGUGUUCUGCUCCCAUCUGGCGGUUUACCAGGGAGUAGGGGCGGCAAAGGGCUUGCUGGCUGCCCGAGUCUUGUUUGAGUCAAGCCUGGCUUCCUGUCCUUCCGUACCCCAUCACCACCACCACCGCCACCAAAAAGCAUUCCUCGAUGUCCACCCAAGUCUCUAGCUUGACCACCUGCCAGUGAGAACUGAAGGGCAAUUUUCUUUCCUUCUCAUGUUUACUGUAUCUCUUCUGAAGUUGGAAGGGACUGUGGCCGGCCAAACAGGCUUAGAACGUGUGUGUUGUA